GCGGGGCAGGGGCCGCAUCCGAGCGGCCGCUCCGGGCCCGGCAUGAACCCCUUCGCCUGGUACCCACCGCCCCCGCCCGGGCUCCCUCCGCCAGGGAUGCCCCCACCCUUCUUCUGCCCGCCGCCCUCCUGGGACCCGGGCUUCUGGGCUGCCCCCGGGCUCUUCCCGCCGCCCGGGCGAUACCCGCCUCCCGACAGCUUCCCGCCCGGCACCUACACGGCCGCCGACAGCUACUCGCAGCCCGCCGACUCCUACACGCAGCCCAAGAACUACUCGGAGCCCGCCGAGAACUACCCGCCCGCCGAGAGCUAUCCUCCUGCCAGCAGCUAUUCGCAGCCUGCCGAGAGCUGCCCUCCCGCCGACAGCUACUCCCAGCCUGCCAAGAGCUUCUCGCAGGCCGGGAAUUACCCAAAGCCCGAAGAAUACUCGCAACCUGAGGGCUACUGCCAGCCCGCCGAGAGCUACCCGCCCGCUCAGAACUACCCACAGCCUGAGCGGUACCCGCCUGCCGACGGCUACUCACAGCCCGAGAGCUACCUGCCCCCUAAUAACUACACAUCCCCCGCUGCCUGGCACCCACCAGCCUUUGGUGUGCGACCGCAGGGCCCGCAUGCAGGUGGAAAUGGUAAUUUCUCCCAGAAAUGGCAAGGCAAGCAAGUGCAUGCGUUUGGUAAACGUCCAGAAGAGAAUAAGAAGACAAAGACCAAAAAGAAAAAAGAGCCAGUUUUCUCUCAUUAUUGUGAUACCUGUGACCGUGGCUAUCAAAACCAGGAGAAGUAUGAUGAACAUAUUUCACAGCAUAAACAGUGCACAGAAGAAGGUUGCAAUUUCAGUGCACAUGAGAAGAUAGUUCAGAUACACUGGAAAAACGCACAUGCACCGGGUGCUAAAAGAAUAAAAUUAGAUAGUCCAGAAGAGAUUGCUAAAUGGAGAGAAGAAAGAAGAAGAAAUUUCCCUACACUGGCCAAUAUUGAAAGGAAGAAGGCGAUGCAGGCGCAGAAGGAGGAAAGGGGAGAAGUGCUGACUACCCAACAGUUUGGCAAAAUGAAGGGGAUGUGGAAACCUCCUGAAAACGGAGAGGCUCUUGGACAUCAAGGAAGACACAGGAGAAGACAGUGGCACCCGUUCUGGAAGAAAUUUAGGAAAAACGGUGGGGAUUCUCAUGUACAUAGGACUCAAAAUGAAGCCAAUGGACCAGAAAACAGCACUUAUGAAAAGGAACAUGAAAAACAAGAGGCUUCGGAAGGUCAGGCAUAUGAGAAGGACGUGGACCCUCUCAGUCUUCUGGCAAAUGGUGAUGUUGAAUCCGACAAGGAUGAAACAGCUGAUGAAGAUGGGAGGCUGGGACUGACAGUUGUUCCCAAGCAGGUGACCUCUGCCCUUAGUGCCUUGUCAGUCAACUAUGGCAGCGCGUCUGACAGCGAGCCCGAAGAAAUCCCUGUCAAGACGGCAACAAAAGCUGAGAAGAACCAGGCUGCGCUAAGAAAUACGCCUCAAACUACUUGUGUUCCUCAAAAUCGAAACCCAAAUCAAAAACAUCCGGAACAUGCAGGCACGAAGUUAAGAAGCUCAAAUUCAAAUUCACGUCCCCCCAGAGGAUCUAAUAACUGGGGCAAGAAAACAUUACCUCUCCUUCCGAAGCGCCGUCCAACUCUGCUGGAAAUGUUACUGGCCCAGGACAUCCGACAUGAAAGGAAUGUGAUUUUGCAGUGUGUUCGAUACCUCAUCAGAAAUAACAUGUUUGGACUUCAUUUCAAAGCAGAACCACAAGCUAAAACAGAAACUGAACAGUCCUCUAAAACUACAGCAGAGUCUUCAGUGGACAAACUCGAUGAAUCCAAUUGUUCUUGUAGCUCUGACCUUCAGAUAGCAGGAGGACAAGAAGAUGCAUUAUUAAUAGCCCAGAAUGAGAAAGAACCUAUGGAUCAGACUUCACAGAUGGUUCACCUGGCAGAUGAGGACACAUGGGAAACCCCAUCAAUCCAGUGUGAAGGAGCACCAUAGAGGAUGUCUGUUGUGGACAGUAAAGCAAAGGCUCACAUUUUCUACCCAGCUGAUGCUUUUUGAAAGACAUCAGUAUAAAAAAAAAAAUCGUUAAAGUACACAGUGAGAGCUGUUAAAA